UCUGGGAGCAGCACACAGUCAGAACACAGAAGGAUUUGGCUCACAGGUUAGAGUCACGACGCAUCAACGGUAAACCAUGAUCACCUUGCUCCUACUGUGUGUGUCUCUGCCCUUCGUCACCUCAACAAUAUCAUUUGAAGACCCUAGCGAUCUCGACAGUACCUUGAGUGUCAGCAUCCCCAUGGACGUGCCACUGCGCCCUCUGAUGGGCACCAAGGUGGUGGUGCCCUGCUACUUCCACGACAACCCGAUCAACCACCCGGGCAUGCCCACUGUCAACCCCCUGUCCCACCGCAUCAAGUGGACAUACAUCACCAAGGGCAAGGCCACCCUCAUCCUGGUGGCGUCGGAGGGCAAAGUUCACGUGGAGACGGAGUACCUAGACCGGGUCACCAUGGCCAACUACCCGCUGGUGCCCACCGACAUCACCAUAGAGAUCACGGAGCUGCGCUCCAAGGACUCAGGCACAUACCGCUGUGAGGUCAUGCACGGCAUCGAGGAAAACUAUGACUCAGUGGACAUCCAGGUUCAAGGUAUUGUGUUCCACUACCGAGCCAUCUCUACACGCUACACUCUGAACUUUGAGAGGGCCAAGGCUGCCUGUAUCCAGAACAGUGCCACCAUCGCCACCCCAGCCCAGCUACAGGCUGCCUUUGACGAUGGCUUCCACCAAUGUGACGCCGGUUGGCUAUCUGACCAAACAGUCAGGUACCCCAUCCAUGAGCCUCGUGAGGGUUGCUUUGGAGACAAGGAUGAGUUCCCGGGCGUGCGAACCUACGGCGUGAGAGAGGUCAAUGAGACCUAUGAUGUGUACUGCUUCGCACAGAAGAUGUCAGGCAGAGUGUUCUACUCCAUGUCCGUGGAGAAGUUCGCCUUUUACCAGGCAAUGGACCAGUGUGCCAAACUAGGGGCCAAGCUGGCCACCACAGGGCAGUUGUACCUGGCCUGGAAGGCUGGCAUGGACGUGUGCAACGCGGGCUGGCUGGCAGAUAGAAGCGUCCGCUACCCUAUCAACAUUGCCAGGCCGCAGUGCGGUGGAGGACUACUUGGAGUGAGGACCGUGUACCUGUUCCCUAACCAGACAGGCUACCCCUACCCAGACUCCCGCUACGACGCUAUCUGCUACCAAGAAGACGACGGCGAAGUCAAGACCACCCCGUUCCCAGAGGUGGCCACCAUCACAGCUGGCCCCAUGGUUUACCUGGGGCGUACCACCGCCCCUGAGGCUGAGGCACAAGGGGAGGUUCUGACCCAAGCCCCCCUGGACACCAGCAUGGAACGGCCCUUACCCAUCCUCCCCAGUGUGAACGACACGUAUGCCAAGGUCACCCCGGUUGUGGGGGAAGAGAUCAUCAGCAGGGUGACAGCUAAACCUAAUGUGGCCUCCGAGUUCCCUCGUGACAAUGACACUGCCAUGUCUCCUACAGGUGUAGUGUUCCACUACCGUGCUGGCUCCAGUCGCUAUGCCCUGUCCUUCGUGGAGGCCCAGCUGGCCUGUCAAAGUGUGGGUGCGGUCAUCGCCAGCUCUCAGCAGCUCCAGGCAGCCUACGAGGCAGGGCUCCACCACUGUGAUGCAGGCUGGCUCAGGGACCAGACCGUCAGGUACCCCAUCCUGUCUCCCAGAGAUAAGUGCUCAGGGAACCUGGAGCAUCUCCCAGGCGUGAGGUCCUAUGGCCUGAGACCCGCUACCGAGCGAUACGAUGUCUACUGCUAUGUGGACCGCCUCAAGGGGGAGCUGUUCUACACCAGCGACUAUGACAGCUUCUCCUACAAGGAGGCCGUGGCCCACUGUCAGAAGCUCAACACCACGCUAGCCACCACAGGGCAGCUCUAUGCCGCCUGGAGACAGGGCUUUGACAAGUGCCGUCCAGGCUGGCUGCAGGACCGCAGCAUCCGCUACCCCAUCCACAACCCCAGGCCCCACUGUGGAGGAGGCAAGGCUGGGGUACACACCAUCUACGCCUUCCCCAACCAAACGGGACACCCUGACCAGCACUCCAGAUACGACGCAUACUGCUUCAGAGCUGAACCUACGAUUAUUCACACUGAAACCAGACUCAACGUUACUGUAGUUGUCGAGGAGGAAAUUAUCAACAUGACAACCAGAACGGACCAAUUGACUCCUGUGAGCCCCAUCGUACCACCUGUAUCUGUGGAUGUGUCCGGUUCAGGCUUAGCUGAGCAUUCUACCAGUGGUAGUGGCAGUGGAACCCCUGGUAGUGGAGAUACAUCUGGUGGGGCCAGUGGCGAGGGCUCCGGGUCUGGCUUCCAAGUCACAUCCGAGGGCAGUGGGCACAUCUUGUCAGGACAGGGCUCUAGCUCUGGAGGUCUACAGGAGGCAGUAGAGGGGAGCACCACUGUCACUUACACCGGGUCUGGGAAUAGUGGCUCUGGGGUGGGGGUGGGAGAGUUCAGCGGUGGGCUACCGUCUGGUGUCCUUCCCCACUCCGGUAGUGGCAGUGGGGUAUCUAGGGACCUGAGCGGUAGCGGGGACUCUGUCAUCAUCAUGGUGGACGGAGAGAUGGUUGACAUCUCCAAGCAGCAGCCCGCCGGACAGGAGUUUGGACAAGGUGGUGUGGAUGUCAGUGGCUCCAGUGGAGUGUCCGGAUCGGGCGGCUUCUUCAGCGGGGAUGUGACCAGCACUUCUGGCUCCGGACUUCCUGACAUAUCUUUCGAGCAUUCAGGUCUCAUUGACCUGACCGAGAAGUCCUCGGGAGAGCAGGAGGUUUCUGGCUACCAGCCCUUCGCCUCCGGUUUUCCAAGCAGUUUCUGCUCCGGUUAUCCUUCCGGUUUUCACAGCGGCUCUGGAUUCCCAUCCAGUGGUGACGGAUCCCACUCAGGCCUUGAGGUCAUCUUCAUGACAGAAGACGAGAUGAUGGAGGUGACAACACAGUGGCGUCCGGAGCAGGGUCGGGGCUACGUAGAGGUCAGUGGAGACGGCAGUAGCCAGCAUGAAGGGAGCACCUCAGCCAGUGGGCUCUCCCUAGGGGAGUCAACGGUCGCAGAAGGCCUGUCUGUGGUGCUGCCCCCUGAGUCUACCAUGACUUACCCAGAGUAUAUCACCUAUCUGGGAAACACGGGAAGAGGGGACGACCUGGACCUGGUGGAGGAAGGCCAGGAGCUGGAAGACCAUGAGCAGAAAGGGCAGGAGCAAGAAGGGCUGGAAGGACCCACGGAGACAAUCAAUGUCACGGCACCGUCUGCAUUCUUCUCUAGCCCAACAACAGCAACCGCCGUCUCAAUGGUGACCCCUGUUGUGGUGGAGGAGCCUGCUGUAGUUGACGCUACUCCUGACCUUUGUGAGCCUAAUCCGUGUGGCACGGGCACCUGUUCUGUUCAGGAUGGCAUUGCUUUGUGCCAAUGCCCACAUGGAUUCACUGGAGAGGACUGCAGCACAUCAGUGCAGGGCUGUGCCGAAGGCUGGUGGGAGUUCAUGGGGAGCUGCUACAUGCACUUUCUAGAGAGAGACACCUGGCCCGACGCUGAGCAGCGCUGCCAGCUCAACUCCCACCUGGUCAGCAUCACCUCCCAACAGGAGCAGGAGUUUGUCAACUCUAACGCUCAGGACUAUCAGUGGAUUGGACUCAAUGACAAGGACGUGCAGAAUAAGUUCCGCUGGACAGAUGGGAGUCCAUUGGAAUUUGAGAACUGGAGGCCCAACCAGCCGGAUAACUACUUCAACUCUGGGGAGGACUGCGUCGUGAUGAUCUGGCAUGAGAACGGCCAGUGGAACGAUGUUCCCUGCAACUACCACCUGCCCUUCACCUGCAAGAGUGAACCUGUCGUGUGCCACUCCCCCCCUGAGGUGAACAACGCCAGGCCGAUGGGCAGCCUAAGAGACCGCUACCCCGUCAACUCUAUAGUCCUCUACCAGUGUGAUGCAGGCUUCACACGGCGCCACCCGCCUGUUGCACGCUGCCUUCCCGACGGGCGGUGGGAGGAGCCACAAGUGGAGUGUAUAGGACCUGGUGCCACCCCCAGCAACAGACUACAUAAGAGGUCCAUCAGGAGACGGUCUAAAGCAGCCAACAGUCGGUCAUGGCGGAAGCUUCUCUAAGCAGGACUGAAGGGACACACUAAAAGAGAACCAAAAGGACCGCUCUUGUAAAGAAACAUUGAUAUUCAAUGCAAUUUUGCCUGACCAAAAGAGAUAAAGUUCCCACCAGGGGUGGAAAUGGGGAAAAGUUACUUUGGGAACCCACCAAUGAAAAAAUCCUUGAAUUCACCUAUAGCUAAUUUGUACAUGUCAAAAUGAUUGAAUUCCCUCAUUUCCACCCCUGAUUCCCAUCAUGUGUAUAUAUCUAUAAACACCAAAGCGCAUUAGACAUGAUUUUGAUAGUCCGACUGACAAUGUUGAUCUCUGAGUGUCACUCUGUGCCUUUGUGGGGGAUAUUUGGGCAGUGGUUCUCAACCUGGGGUACUAGCAACUCUGGGGGUACCUGGCCUAUCCACAGGGGGUACUUGGGAAGACUCGAAUACGUAUACUUGAGAGGAUACUUUGUGCAGAGCAUUAUGGACCUGAUUUCGCCGUAAUAAACGAUGCCUUUCUUGUGCA